AUGACCUUCGCCCGCGGUCUCAGCCCUGUCCAGCAGGAGAAUUGGACGUCAGCACUGUACAUUUUCGGGCCGCCACCCAACUCCCUCGCCGAAUGGCGACAAUCCACCACCUAUCUGCUUUCUCAGGGCGGUCUCUUCUUGUUCGCGAGGCGAGCGGCGCGCGUUCUGUAUUUGAGAAUGUGCGUGGCAGAUGUAAACACACCAGAACUCUUCACCACCCACGAGGAAGCCAAAACCAUCUUGGCCGCAUGGGACCAGCUCCGAAAACUCCACAAUGACGCGGCGCCAGUCGCUGCACCAGUCGAGGCACCAACUGCGGCAACAGUCGAGGCACAUACCCCGGCGCCAGUCGAGGCACCAGCCGGCGCAAAGCGCAAGCAGAAAAACACAAACAAAGCCAAGUCCAAGAUGCCACCCUCUGGAAGAUUCGCCGCCGUCAACACCCGCGAAGUGCAGCCAAGAGCUAUGAGCAAGGCUGAAGUCCGCGGGAUCGUGGGCAGAUUUGACUCACCUCAGACACCAAUUCAAGUGACGUUGCCGAACAAGGCGGCGUUCGCAGCAGCGGUCGGCGCGGAUAAUGUUCUUUCCCAGCGCCUUUCCGACCGAUAUUACCUGACACUGCCUUCGAAGCAAGAAAUCGUGGCUGCCAUCCCACCCAAUGGCAUCACACUCCACGAUCUGCUGCUCAUUUUCGCUCCUCGACUCUGCCUCAAGACGGUAGCAAACUUCGUCGAGCGCGUCUUCCAAAUCUCCGCCAUGGACCCCGUCAGCCACAAGCUUCAGCCAGUCAUGUCUCUGAAUCAGGCGGAAACACUCGCCAAAGGCAAAUACCGUGAUUUCGCCAUGCGCGCCGCUCGGCACUGCCAGCCGACUCAAACCACCGGCAAUCUGAAGUACGACGCCUUCAAGCAGCAUGGAUUUGAGGCCCACUUCUUCGGUCAAAUGCGAGAAUACAGAAUUCUCAAACCUCGAGGCAGAAAGGAGAAGAUUUGGUAUUUCUCGUCAGAGGCUGCAGACGAGCGUACGCUCAAGAAGUUUGAGCCACUCAUGCUGGAGGCUGAGAGAAAGCGAAAGGAGGAGGAUGCGAAAGUUGCGAAGCAGUACAUGGUCUUGGAGGAGCCACAACAGGUGGAGGCCGAGAAGAGACGACAGGAGGAAGAACUGCAGGUGGCGAAAGAGUACGCGAUGUUGGAGGCUGAGAAGAAGCUCCAGGAGGAGGAAAUGGAGGUUAUGAAGGAGCAUGCGAUCUGUGAGCAGGGAGGAGGCCCAGUGGAGAGAAAGCGUAGGGAUAGUGUCCUCGACGUGUCUGAUACUUUGCUGGGAAUCGACCGUAUGGAGGAAUGA